AUGAGUGCAUCCGUCAUUCCAGAAGUGGCUGUCCUUGAAGAGACAGCAUCCACGUACGAAAUGACCACUUCCGCUUCCGACAGUAGCGACAUCGAGAGUGUGCGGUCCGAGCAAGACACCUUGCUCGCGGGUGACGAUGAAACGCAUGCCGAUAGCGAGGAGUCCUGCAAAGAAAGCAUCUACCGGUCAACCCUGAUCAAAGUCUACGUUGCCGUCUUCGUAGCCAACGCCGCCUUCCACAUCCUCGCACCUGCCCAAACAGCCAUCAUGGAGCAAGCCAUCUGCCUCCGCUGGUACGACGAGCACAACCCGAACCAGAUUCCCGACUCGCGCGUCAUCCCCGAGAGUCAGUGCAAGACGCGACCGAUUCAGAGCGAGCUCGCGAGCUUGCGGGGAUGGUACGAGACCUUCGAUGCCGCGCCCGCCCUCCUGACGUGCAUUCCCCUGGGCAUCCUGAUGGACAUCGUCGGGAGGCGGCCGUUGCUGCUGGCCGGUCUGUGUACCAUCACUGCACAGCAGUUCUGGAUCGCACUCGUUUGUUUGUCCACAGACAAGGUCCCCAUCCAAUUGAUAUGGCUUGCGCCGGUGCUCAACUUCAUUUCGGGGGGCAUGAAGGUCAUGCAAAUGGUGUUCAUCUGCCUCAUAACGGACAUUACGUCGCGCGGACGGCUUGCACCUGCGCUGUUCCGCCUUGCCGCCAUCGCUCAGUUGACUAGGGUCCUCGGCCCCGUUGUGGCUGGUGGCUUGAUGCAGAUGAAUGCUUGGUGGGCCAUCAUUGCCGGCCUGGCCGGACUAUUGGCCAUGGUCGGUAUCGCCUGGACCGUGCCAGAGACAAUGGACUUGAGCGCCAUGGAGCAAGUGGAGGCAAUGGGCACGUCACCGGCCACGACCUGGCAGCGCGCAUGGCCACGCAUCAAGUCCGGCUUCCGCGAGCUCAAGAUCGUCUGGACCGACACAAGACUGAUCGGCCUGGUCUGCUUGUAUCCAUUUCUUAUGGUCGGCGUGACUUCUUCAGAGGUUCUCCAGCAAUACAUCUCCAACCGCUACAACUGGACACUGGCGAAUGCAGCCUUCAUCUUCUCCUUACAAGGUGUCGCCGCUACAGUCUCUCUAUUCGCCCUGCUGCCCCUGUUCUCCGAUUUCAUCGAGAGCCACUUCACUCUUGGCCCCAUCAGUCUGAACGUCAUCAUGGGCCGCAUCUCCACGUUCCUCGCCGCCAUGUCGUACGUUGUCGUGGGUUUAGCGCCCAAUGUGGGCGUUCUGAUAGUGGGUUUGUUCUUGGAGACACUGGGUCUGGGAGGAGGCUCUGCUCUGAAGGCGCUCGCGGCAUCGCUGGUCGAACAGAAGGACACGGGCAGGGUGUUCUCCGUGGUGGCGAUAUUCGAAGUCCUUUCUGUGAUGAUGGCAUAUCCGACCACCGCCGCGCUGUUCAAUGUCGGUCUCGACAAAGGUGGCGGCAUGUGGCUGGGGUUGCCGUACUUCUUGGCUGCUGUUACAAUGGCGGUCGCGGGUUUCAUACUGCUCUUGCUCAGAUUCGAGAGAGCGCCGAAGUUGUCAUAG